AUGGAAAAAGAAUUUACCAGCUACUCGCUGAUACCGAAACUUUCCGGAAAAGAUAAUAACGUAGACUGGGAAUUUGAAGUAGAAGUAUACAUGGAGGCCCAAGGAAUCUACGAUGUAGUGAUGGGGAAAAAAGUGAAACCGGAACCUGGUGAUGGUGAAACUUCUAAACAAGUAGAAGACUGGAUGAAAAAAGAUGCAUGUGGACGAAGACUGAUCAUUGCAACUCUGGAACCGGCUGUCAAAAUGCAUGUAAGGACUGGCAUGACAUCAGCGGCACAAAUGUGGUCUAAACUUAAGGAACUUUUCGGCGAUGGAAUAGACAGUGAAAACAAACUUAUCAGGGAAUUUUACAACUUAAAAUAUGUCAGAGGUACUCCUAUCAUGGAACAUGUAAGUAAAAUGCAAAGUGUUUAUAGUAGGUUGCAGGUCCUGAAUCCAGAGUACAAAGAAGAACGUCUUGUUGACCAAAUUGUUGAUACUUUACCAGAGUCUUACAGUGGGUUUGUUGAAGCGUGGGAUAACAAUCCAAGAAAAGAGAAAACUUCACCGUAG